AUGGCUGAUGAUUCAUCUGCAAAACUUGGAUUUCAGAUUCAUGCCAGAUCCAUUAGCUUGCCUUCCCGCCCAAACCCUAAUUCUUUCAACAUUCCCAACAACCUCAUCAAAACCUUAAAAUUUCCCUUUUCAGAUUCUUUUAACUCACAAACCAUUCAAUCUAAUGUUCUGCAACUUGCAGAACAUUACAACACUGUACAGUGUCUCCUCGAAUCAGAAAAUGCAAGAAAACCUUUCGUCAGGCACGAAAACAGGGCGAUAGUGGACGAGGCACUCGAGGUUUCAGUCGGGCUGCUAGACUCGUGUGGCGCCAUUCGAGAGCUAUACUCUGCAAUGAAGGAAAAUUUACAGAAUCUUCAAUCCGGGCUGCGAAGAAAAGGCGACGAUGAUGCAAUUAUUAGCAGUUAUCUUAGGUUCAGGAAGAAGGUUAAGAAGGAGGUGAUAAAGGGCAUCAAAGCACUAAAACAAAUGGAGAACAAAGAACAAUUGUUUUUACAUAGAAACAAUAACAUAAAAGACCAUACUAUGAUGUUGAAAAGAGUGUCUGUGUUUAGUAUAUCUGUGCUUGGGUCCUUUUUAUCCUUUUUAUCAUCUUCAAAGGGAAAUAGCAGGCGUUGGACACCGUUGAUUAUCUCCAAGCUGACAAAAUCAACGGCUGCUAGGGUAGACACUACAGAGAUGUGCAUGAAUGAAGUGGAGUGUGUAGAUUUUGGUCUGAAAUCUCAUACGAAGAGCAGAAAGUUUAAGGUUGAUAGGCAAAUGUUAGAGGCAGUUCAUGGGAGGAUUGAAGAAAUUGAAUCUGAGAUUCAUUCCCUUCAGAGACUAUUGAUUCAGCACAGAGUUGUCCUUCUUAACAUCCUUACUCCUUGA